AUAUCAUGGGGGCGUAUUACCGCCUAAGAUUCUGUCCUGUCUAUGUUUAAAAAAAUUAAUGAAAUUUAACCCCACUUCUGAAAAUGUAUUUUUUAGUUGUAUCUAACCCCUACCAUUAAAUAUUAAAAAACAAUAGUGUCAUUUAAAUUUUUUAAUAGAAAUCAUUAAAUCGAUACAUAAUGGGUAAAACGGGUUCUUCCAGUGUUUAGAAAUGCCGACAAUCAGUCUGAUUAAAUGAAUUCCAUUUAGUUUCGUUAUAACACAGUUAAAUACGAUCAUCAAUAAUCAUAUUAUUUAAUUAAUCAAAUACAAAAAUCAAUAAAUAUUACUUAAUUGGACUGAUAGUCGACACUGUUUGUAGUUAGAAUCGAAAGAAUUAUCAUUAAUUAGUGUUCCAUAAGAAAUCCUGUGCGGUUUACUGCACACCGCUUUCCGCUCAUAUUUGCAAAUCGGCAACAGGUGUCAUCAGGUGUCUUCAGCGAUCGGCUAGUUGGUCUUAUUUUAUCGCUGGUCCUAAGUGUAUGUUUGUGCAUACAUAACUCAUUUUAAUUUAUUAUAUUUUAUUUAUUCAUUUCAUUACACCUUACAUCUAAUUAUUUAUAUAAGGACUGUGUACUGCGUGCGGAAUGCCACACAAAUCUGCCGUCAGAACUGAUCAGGUAAAACCAUACUGAUGUCACCGUUGACCGUUUUCACUUGUCAUGGUGUGUACCUAAAGUCUGUUGACAUGUAUGAAAUUCAUAUCUUCAUUGUUAAAAUAAAAUAUCUUUUCAUAGAAACACAACUGCUGCACAACGUAAUAUAUAAAAAUCCCUAACCCUGGGUUAACAAUUGGUUGAAAUUUAUCCAAGUGGGGCGGUGGAUACUCACAACCCUCUUGGUAGAUCAGGUAGACUGAGAUAACGGUCGUUAAAAAAUAUUUUAUCGGUCAUAUUGAAUUGGCGAUUCUCGUGUGAAACAUCUUCAAGUAUUUCUUUACAUCACAAUUAAACUUAAUUAUUUUUGUCUGACUUAAAUUUUUUUUUUUAAGUGAAAUUUUUAGUUGUUUUCUUACAUAAAGCUGUAAUCUCAUUUGGUUCAUUAGUGUCCAUUUAAUAUAUAUAUUAAUUAUAACUGUUAAAUUUUAUUUUCAAAAUGUACUCUUGUGAUCAUUGUCAAAAAACAUUUUCUUUGCUGUCAAAUCUUCGUCGUCAUGAAAAAACUCACAGUGGUAUACGUCAUGCAUGUCCAUUAUGUGAAUCUGAUUUUACUUAUCCAGGAGAUCUUAAAAAACAUUUGACUCAGAAACACAAAAAAUAUUGUAAGAAGGUCAACAAACAGCCAUUAGCUGAAAAUCCGAUUCUUCAACUAAAUCAGCAAAGGCCUAGUGUUAUUGUGCAUACGUCCAAUUACUACGAUGAUAAUCAAACACUUGUAACGUCAACUUUGGGAUACGAAGGGGAUUGGCUAAUUCCAACGAUUAAACAGGAACCUGAUGAAUACAACCAUUAUUGGAUACACGAAUACGAUGAGAAUAAUUGUUUUCAGAUCGAAUCCACCACUUACUUAAGCGAAUAUAACUAAGCACAGCAUCUGUGAAUAUUAUUUAAAUUUCUUAUUUCGAUGAAAAAAAUUUCCAAAAACCCGAGUUGUAAAGCGUGUGGUAGCUGAGGACUUCAUUUUAAGUGCCAUCACAGAAGAGGAAUAAACAGACAUUUCUAUUAUUGAACAACUUUAAACAUUUGAAAAAGGGUCUAAUGUGGCCUUUUAGGGUAGGCGUAUUUAAAUUUGCACGCAGAAUGGCGCUUGUAACUGCUCCGACGAAAAUUUUUUGAGACGAACAUUAUACCGUCUAUUUAA